AUGGUUUUCUCCACUUCCCAGUGGCCUUGGGCCAACCAAGGUGCAGAGUGGUAUGGCAGGGUGACCCGUUACACCGGUCGCAAGACCCAGGAGCUGCUUCUGAUGGACGUCCUGGCAGAGCUGGGCCGGGUGAGUAGCGAAGCAUUGCAGCUGCUACGCACCGUGCGCGCCUUGAACGCGGAGGAUUUGCAUCGGCGACUCUUCCAGCGACAGAAUGACAUCAUCAAUGCCACACAGCGCCAGCGAGGCGUAGCCCUUGGAGUCUUCUCAGCUGCCAGCAACGGAUUGGGCGUACUGCUACAGAUGGUGACCUUGCUGAUCGGCAGUAGCGCUGUGUUGGCGGGAUCCAUGACAGCAGAGGCGCUCGCGACCUAUCUGCUGUAUCUGGACACUGCAGUGGACAGUGCCUUGGAGCUGGGUAUAGAGUGGUCUUCCUGCAACGAUGCCCUGGGCUCCGCCGAGCGCGUCUUAGGGAUUCUGGCCCAGGGCGUCACGCGGCCGAAGGGUUCGAUUUCUGCAGGCAUGGCAGUACCGAAAGGAGAUGUGCUCUUCGACUCGGUCUGCUUUGCCUAUCCAUCAAGGCCACAGCAUCAGGUCUUGGCCAACGUGUCCUUACACUGCGCGGCAGGGAAGACCACGGCGCUGGUGGGCUUCAGCGGUUCAGGCAAAUCUUCCCUGCUGAGUCUUCUGCUUCGCUUCUAUGACUUGCAGGAGGCUGAGGGUUGCGUGAAGUUUGAUGAUGCCGACGUCCGGCAGUUGGAUCCAGUCUGGUUGCGACGGCAGUUGGGACUGGUGCCACAGAGUCCGCGACUCUUUCGCGGAAGCAUUGCAGAGAAUAUCGCCUGGGGCUAUCCCAGUGCCUCCUUUGCAGAAGUCCGUGCUGCGGCCCAAAGCGCCCUGGCGGCGGAGUUCAUCGAGGAACUACCCGAGGGCUAUGACACCAUCUGCUCUGAUGACAAACUUCUGUCUGGAGGUCAACGACAGCGCAUUGCCCUGGCACGCGCUCUGCUGCGAGACCCGGCCGUGCUGCUCUUGGAUGAACCGACCAGCGCCCUGGACCCCAAGUCCAGUGCACUGGUUUCCCAAGCCUUGGAGCAGGCACAGUGGUCCACGCGACGGAAUUGCCACCGGACUGUGAUUAUCGUCGCGCAUGACCUGCGCCUGGCUGCCGUGCAACGAGCAGAGAAGAUCGUGGUCAUGGAUCGAGGUUGGGAAAUGCGGGGCGAAAGACAUCGCGUCAUGGGACGGAUCUGGGACCUGGAGCCAUGGCCCACCUCUUUCCGACUUUUCAAAGGGAAGCCACCGGCGGAACCACCCAUCCAUUGUGGUGGGGCGGCAGAUGAGCAGAAGGAGUUACUGGAAACCAUGCAACUGAGAUCAGCUGGAGAACGGAGCACGGGGAGGAAAGAGGAUGGCCCCGCAACCAAGCAGCUGAAGAAUUACAUGGCGGAACAGGAGGGCCAGCCGCCGCCGAAAGCCUGUGCUGGUCCGAAACAUGAUUUCAGUGGAAUGAAGAAGGAGACCUUGAUAGCGACGCCUUUCAAGAUUGAGAGGCCGUGGACUGAGAAAACUCCUGAUGAGAACGCCCCCAAGGAACCACCAGGCCUCACACCAGGUCGACCACUGGGUCGUGGUCCAAAGUUUCCUGGUCGAGAGGAACUGAUCAACGAAGGUCCAUUUCCAUUGAGGUCUCGAAUAGCUCAGUUGGCUACACACGUCUACUAUCUCUGGGGCGAGGCCAAAUUCACGGAUUAUCUGGCUCGUGGAACUCCCGCGCAAACCGCAGCGCUGAAUCUGGAGCACUUUGCCCGUCAGGCGCACCAUGCAGCGGGCCAACUGCUGGAGGAUUCCCAUGUGCCGUUGGCAAGGCCACCACCCAACUUGCCAGUGGAGGUCAGCGAAAUCCCACUGCUGCUGCUACCUUUGAGGCAUGGAGUGGAAACUGUCAGAAAGCAUGGAGAAUUUCUGUAGUCUCACAGCCCAGGAAGAUCUGAAGCGAGGCCCAAAACA